CUUCUAUUAAGAGCUAACCUAUCCAGAAUGACAAGCGACGAUGAAUUCUUCUUUGACUAUCUAUCCUGGGUCCCAAACGAUGUAAAACGGUACUCCACGCAGGUCGCAAAUUCCAUCGAUCAUCAUAUAGAUCGAGCAGCUUCGAACGUUCGAGAUGCGCUAUCACGCCAAUCUUGGCUCCCUACGUAUCUCAAGCCUCCCCCAAGACAUGGCCAACCGCUUCCGCGCACAUUGCCUCCAAAGUCGAUGGUGGACAGGGUACAUGACUGGGUAGUGGAACACCGUGCAUUGACUGCCGCCGUCUUAGCCUUCAUUGGAACUGGAGGGCUAUUAAUAUAUGGGAAUAGAAAACUAGGCGUGAAAAAGCGGAAAGCAAGGAGGGCGGGCAAUGGGGCCCGGAAAGAAAUAGUUGUUAUUGCGGGCUCUGCGCAUGAGCCAAUUACGAGAUCUAUAGCUUGCGACCUUGAGCGAAGAGGGUUCAUAGUCUUCAUUACAGUCACGUCGGCCGAGGAGGAGCAUGUGGUUGAGAAUGAAGCACGAGAGGACAUUCGCUCACUCUGGUUGGACCUAGCCAAUACACCAUCGGAACCGUCUGAAAUGCAUCCUUCGCUCUACGUUAUCCAGUCUCUUAUCACGAACCCUCAAGCUCCUAUGCCAGGAGUGCCACCACACACUUGCCAGCUAACCGGGCUCAUUCUAGUGCCCUCGCUAACAUAUCCUGUCGGUCCCGUCGCCACUAUACCGGCCUCGAACUGGGCAGACGCCAUCAACACUCGCCUACUGUACCCCAUACUUACAGCGCAACUAUUUCUACCUCUUCUUACCUUAAAAAGUAACAGCAGUUCUAUAGUUUUGAUAACUCCUUCCAUCCAAUCCUCGCUUUCCUCUCCAUUCGCAAGCCCUGAAGUUGCUGUAACGAGAGCACUCGCCGGCUUCGCAACGAGUUUGCGACAAGAGUUACAACUCUUGGAGAGUGGACACGGUUCUGUUGAUAUUGUUGAACUCAAACUUGGUAACCUUGAUCUGGGACGACAGUUUCGAAAUACAAACGGACAGAACAAGGGCACGGAAGUUCUCACCUGGCAGCCACAGCAGCGUGCUCUUUAUGGCUCAUCGUACCUGUCAAGUAUUGGCCAUCGCGUAGGGAGAUCAAGCGGAGCUGGUAGCCUGCAUGGAACGCCGGCAAAGGAGCUACAUUUUGCCGUUUUUGAUGCUCUUGCACCUCGUCAAAAGGCUAUUUUUGGACGAAAACGCAAGCAACAAGUCGUUUAUGUCGGUCGGGGCUCCAGAACCUACGCAAUCAUUGGGAACGUUAUUCCCAGCAUGUUGAUUGGCUGGAUGCUUGGUUUACGAACUGGAUAUCCGGCAUUCUUCUCUGAUUCUGGGUCUGAGGACGGCAAUGGCUACGGAAGCGAAGGGGCAUGGGAAAAGAUUUCUUAGUUCCAAAACAGAUGAUGACCCUUCUCACAGUCUUAUUGUGUUACUUAUUCUCCGCUCCUUUUCAAACUGUGUAUUUUAACUUGGUGGUGCCGUCUCUUUUUGUUAACGAAGGCACUGGGUUUUGGCGUCUUCCUGGCGAGGUUACAGAAUCCUGGGGAAUGGAUCUAGGUUUUCUAAUCAGUAUAUAAUAUCUGCAUGGAGUGGAUGUGGGAAUUA